AGCGAAGGAUGGGGAGUCUGUCAGAGCAAAGAGAUAGAAGUGUUACUACAGAGCUGCUGCUGCAGGAGGAGGAGGAGGAGGAGAGGCGAGGAGCUGAUGAAGAUGCUGCUGCUCCGCUCCUCAGCGCCCUGCAGCUCACGGGACAAACCACAACCUCUGAAUCGUCGCCGGUGAAGGAGGAAGGGCUUUUCUGUUGCAUCUUCCCGCUCGUCUCCACUCGCUCCUCAAUUCUCUGCAGCUGGCAGCCGCUGCCCCCCCCCCCCCCCCCCCUUAUCCCCACUUUCUGUCCGCCACUGGAGGGAAUUCUCCUUUUUCACCAGGAAUUAUAAAAGACAUGUCUCUCUGGGAAUGAUGGUGCUGCCGCUGGAACCGCCUUCUCUGUCGCAAUGACGAUGCCAUUCAGCCCCCUGUCCAGCGACGACGAGCAACAAAGGAUGCUGGGAAACAGCAGACAUCUCUAUCCCGGGGCAGAAGACGAGGAGGAGGAGGAGGAGGAAGAGGAGGAGGAGGAAAUGGAGGAGGAUGAGCGCGACGAGGACGGGGAGGAGGAGGAGAACGGCGAGCUGGAGGGAGAGGACGAUGAUGCUGAUGAGGAGAUGGUGGAGGAGGUCAGGCGAGGAGGCGUGCCUCGGAUUGGCAGAGGUGAGGGACACAGACAGUCCGGCAAACUGGCCGGACGACCCACUGGGGAUCGACAGAUGAGGCCAGGAAACCCGGGACACACCGCCAACCCUUAUUCGUCCAAUCCUGGACCCACGCACCAACAAGGAGCCAAUCAGCAGCAGCAACAGAGGAGGCUGAAGGAGCGCACUGCCAACUCAGUGCCAUCUGAAGACACCCACAUUGCCAUGAUGGUGUUUCGCAUCGGCAUCCCAGACAUAAAGCAAACGGUCAGUAAACACAGAAACACCAACAGGGACGUGUACAGCACUGUGGGGGUCAAUGGUCAGAACGUCGUGAAGGUUGGCCAUCGGCAGGUCGUCAAUAUGAUCCGGCAGGGCGGCAACAGCCUCAUGGUGAAGGUGGUCAUGGUAACCCGCAACCCUGACAUGGAGGAGGGCGCCAGGAAGAAAAUCCCACAGCAGAGCAAGAAGCUGAGCACUCCAGCUAUCGCUCUGCGGUCCAAAUCAAUGACUUCAGAGCUGGAGGAGAUGGUGGAGAGAGCUGCUACGCCUUGGAAAAAAAAGUCAGAGUUCGAAUCCUCACAAGUUGCAGAGAAGAAGAGGACGGUGUAUCAGAUGGCUCUGAAUAAACUCGAUGAAAUUCUUGCAGCGGCUCAGCAGACAAUCAGCACCAACGAGGCGUCGGGGACACGGGGACACGGGCCAAAGAGGGACAGGGGGAGAAGUUUCUAUGGCAAUGAGCCAAGCUACGGGGAUCAGUCUGGGACGGGGAUGAUGGCGGGACUGGGACUUGGCUACGAGCGUGGACAGUACAGCUCGGCUCACGGUCCACAGCACGGUAUGCUGCGGCAGAAAUCCAUCGGUGUGCCUGAGGAAGAGAAGCAGUUCUUGCAUCCACCUGCCAUGAAGUUCGCGCGGAGUCUGUCAGUGCCUGGUCCAGACGACAUUCCUCCACCUCCUACCACCGCUCCCCCGGAACCUCCAUUCUCCUCGGCUCCGCUGCUUGGUUGGAGAACGAAGUCGUCCCAGCAGCCUUCUGUCUCCGUGUCCCAGUCAACGUCCAGCUCUGCGCACUACCAGCCCUUCUCUCAGUCAGGGCAUCUAAGCCAGGGUGGCAGGGAGAGGGCUGGUGGUCCCAACACAGGCCCUGCUGGUGGAGCAGUAGACCACGCGACACCUUAUGUACACGCAUCUGCACAUACAGCUCAAAGCAGGACUGCAUCGCGAAAGGUUGCCUAUACUGGGGAGCCUGUUGGAGCUGGGAUGGGGGCCGGCACAGGGGCUAAAUCAGCGGGCCUGAGGAGAGGCUACAGCACAGCCGUGCCCCCGUCCAGCAUUGCUACUGUAAUGCCCCAGCAACAACAGACCACCCAGAGUCAACCCCAGCGGGCAGACCGCAGUGCAGCCGGGGCUGGUGGCUCUAAAGGAGGGGCCAGGAGAGGCAAAGGACCUCUGGUAAAGCAAUCUAAGAUAGAGGAGCUGCGCUUAGGCCAGGGAAGCCUAGGGAGCAAAGACUCUGUGGAGAAAAGCUCCAUUCCUAUCCCCACCAUCAUUGUCAAGGCUCCCUCAACCAGCAGCAGUGGACGGAGCAGCCAGGGCAGCAGCGUGGAGGCUGAUGUCCCUGCAUCAGGGGAGACAAGUGAUACGAAAACACCUCAUGGCCCUCCUCCGUCCACUCCUGCCCCACAGCCGCCUGCUCCGCCAUCCAUUCCAGCACCACCACCCCCAUCUUUGCCUUCUGUUCGAGCCCAGGAUAACCUGGACUUCACCAGCCAGUUUGGGGCCGCCAUCGUUGGUGCGGCUCGCCGAGACAGGGAGAGAUUUCUCGAAGCUCGUCGAAAGAGUGCCUCCUUGUUCAUGUCUGCUGAGGAGGACCUGAGUCUUGGGAUGAGUGAAGCAUUAGGAGGAGUAUCAAGGACUCAGGUGUCUCAGCAGCAGCUAAACACUCAGCCUGAAAGUUCAUCAACACGACUGCGCCCUUCCAAGUCUAUUGAUGAGGGCAUGUUCUCUGCAGACACCUUUAUCCAACACACCCGGAGUAUGCCUCCAGCCUUCGGCCUACCGGAGUACUCCUCUACGGCCCUGGACUAUCAGCCCAAAUCUGUGCCUGCUGAUCUGUACACCACAGCAGGCAGACAGCCAGCCCCCUCUUCCAACACCACCUUUAUUCAUCCUCUCACUGGGAAGGCGCUUGACCCCACGUCACCUCUAGGCCUCGCCCUGGCUGCCAGGGAACGUGCUCUGAGGGAUGACAGCAGGUUAAGGAGGGGAACGGAGAACCUCUUAACCCGCCAGAUGUCAAAUGUGGUGUUCUCUUCGUCCACCGUCAACACUCAGCCAGUAUCAUCCAUGACACAGUCUUCAAGCUCCUACCUGGUCACCUCCUCUUCUCUGGCAGCUACCACGCCCACAGUCGGUCGGCCACCCUCACCCAGAAUCCUCAGGGGAGUCGGGAGUACAUGGGGGGAAGAAGGUGGGGAGCGGGAGCGUGAAGGGGGAGGAGCUCGUGAGGGUCUUAGAGUCCGGUUCUCUGAGGACAAAACAGUACACACACACCACUAUCAGUCCCAGCCAUAUCAGCCAUCUUACAAGGAGCGGGAGAGGUCGCGGGAACGGGAGAGGGACCAUUCGAGAGAGAGGGAGAGGGACAAGGAGAGAGAAGGUUACAUGAGGAGGGCAGAUCAGGCUGCUGAAAGUUCAGGCCAGCAGCCCCGCAGACCCUCUUUUCUCAGGAUGGAAAGUCAAGCUGAUGCCUAUAUCCGGUCCCUCACAUCUUCUUCUCCACCAGCCAAUACCCAACAGGCAGUGAGCACUUCUGGAAGCACAGGGAAAGGUCUGAUGGUUCUUCCUCCUCCUGCUCCCUCAGUUGAUGCAGAUGAUGAAUUUGUCUAUGCAGACCCCCUUCCACCCCCUUUAGAGUUUGCAAACAGCUUCGACCGGGGGAUAUCAGGAUACUCUCAACACGGGAUUCUUUCCAACAGCUUGAUCCACCGGCAACAGCAAGUCCCUCCCCCACCGCCUCCUCCACCACCUCCUCCACCACCACCACCCCCGCCUCCUCCUCAAAAAGAACAUUAUAUAGGUGGCUUUCCUGCUCACACACCUCUACCCUCUCCUCAGGCAGGGGACUCCACUGCUUCCAGCCUCACAUCAUACGACAGUGAGGUGGCGAAUCUGACUCAGUCUGCUCCUUCCCCUUCCCAGACAUCACCAAACCCUCCACCCCCUGCUUCACCCUCAACUCUUCAGCCAACCAUGGGUCCUCCUCCUCCCCCCGCAGUCUCACCUCCACCUCCUCCUGGAUCCGGUUCCUACCACAGACCCUUUUCAGUGUCUCACCACCUUUACAACAGCACUCACACAUCCGGGCGAUCUUCACCAACGCCUCCCCAGCAUGCAGUUGCGCCUCCCCCAGCUUACCGGGGCCCCCCGGCUUCCUCUUGCAGUGUUGCCACUUCUGUCCCCCACAGGGGCACUACCUCUCAUGCCAUGACCGCUAGCUGUACUGCCACAACCACCACAACAAGCAUCUCCACUCAGCUCCAUCAGGAGCGAACACGUCCGGCUCAUUUAACAUACUCCACCACCAUCACAGGAAGGACAGGUGAGCAUCAUCGUUCUCAUCCCACUGCCAAAAAAGGAGAGUCCCAGGAGACAGUUGUGGACUCUGGGAUUGAGGAACUCGAUAGUCGCAGUAGCAGUGACCACCAUCUGGACAGCAUUUUGGGUCUGAGUGGGGCUGGUGUUCGAGGGGAAAGGCUGGAACGAGGGGAGAGAGCUGGAGGUCCAGGCCGCAUGGGAGGUGGUUUAGGAGAAACAGAACGAGGAGGAGGGGACUUUCUGGAGUCGUACAUGAGCUACCUUGAUGGGCAAACCUUUGAGAUGCAGAAUGCAACUGCAACAGCUUCCACCUACCCAAAAACCAGCAGGUUCAGAGACGGCAGUCAUGCUGGCGACUCACAUCGACAGACCAGCACCGCUCCUGCAUCCUACCACUCCCACAGGCAAAGAGAUGGCCAGGUAGAGGACGAGGUAGAGGAGGGACUGGGAGAUGACGAAGGUGGUCAAGACGGGUACGGGGGGAGGGACAUGCAGAAUAUCGGCCGUCCCACAUCACCGUACUUUGAGCGACCGCGCACUCCUGAAAUGAGGCCUCUCUGGGGCGACAGCCAGAUGAGCGGCGAUGGGGGAAGCCAGUCAGGUUCGCUUUUAGAAGGAAAGAAGAUUUAUCCUCCUGCAUCUAGUAUGAAGCCCAGCAUUAUUAAUGAGCUGAGCAGCAAACUGCAGCAAAGAAGUAAAGACAGCUGGAGCAGCCAUAGACCUCUGAGCAGACACAGAUUUUCUGAAGACUCUGCGUCAGCUCUGAGCCCGCCCUCCGUCCGCUCCCAGUCUCCGUCUCCAAUCUCUUUAUCGCAGCCAUCGUUAUCGCCGUCUCCCACCCCGGUCUCCCAAUACCCCAACUGGGGACGUUCCCCGUCGCCUCAGCCUCCAGCUGCUUCUCAACCUCCACGCUCACAUUCCCCGCUGUCCCCAACGUCUUAUUCCCCUUACCCCACGUCUCCCAAGCACAGACCCGUGUACCGGACCAAAGCUCUGGAGUUUCAGUUUAUUCCCAGUCGAGAGUCUCGCAAAGCAGAAUCACACAUACUUCAGCGGCGACGAGCUCCGAGCCCGCUCAUCUCCCAAUCAGAGAGGCCUAAAGUGGCCCCGCCCCGCCCGUCCUCGCUUCCGCUGCUCCCUACUUCACCUCUGUACAGUGCAAUCUACGACCUGCGCGGUUCAAUCACCCCGCCUUCACCUGGGAAUCCUCUCGGAGAUCCUUACUUCUCGCCGUCUCCUCCGCUGUUUGCGCCUUCCGGAGCCCCUCCGCCUCCAAACUCCACCUUAGUAGUGUCACGAUCGCUUUCUCCAACUCAUUUUUUGUCCGGGACGUCCUCUCCGCCCCUGCACCCCCAUCCGCCGCCUACCUGCCUGAGUUACCCCCACUUACCACCACCUUCCCCCACAAAGCCUUUUGCCUCCAAGCCAUUGCCCUACUGGACCAAGUACGAUGUUGCAGACUGGCUGGCGUACCUCAACCUCGGCGAACACAGAGAACGUUUCCUUGACAACGAGAUUGAUGGCACCCAUUUACCCUCUUUGACCAAGGAAGACUACCUGGAUCUGGGCGUGACGAGAGUGGGCCAUAGAAUGAAUAUAGAGCGAGCCCUAAGGAGCGUAAUGGACAGGUUGUCCAGCAGCCCGUUUCCCAUUUCUGUUCUCUCUCCUCGGGAAGGGCAGACUGAGAGGAGGAGGGACGACGGGAGUCGGAGCUGAGGCUGCGAACGAUGGACAGGGAGCGAGGAGGACGCCCACGGCUGCUGCCGUCCAUGACGGUGGAUUCACGCCUCAAGGAGAGAACAGAUUUCACACAGACAGCGACUGAAAGAGGGGAGGAGGAAGAGGGGAGGAGGAAGAGGGGAGGAGGAAGAGCUGAUGAUCCGUACCCACGCCGGCUGGUGCUCCCUGAUUUAGACAGAUACCCUGUACAUCCAUCCAAACACCACCACCACCACAUAAUCCCACUAACCCUCCUCUCACUGAACAUGUGAGGGCCCUAUAGCUGCAGCAGAGGUUAAAAGGUUAAAUUUACUUAGCAGAACAACCAGGAAGCAGUUGUGUGAAUGAGAGCGGGUGGUUUUGGUUUUGGGCUUCAGAGAGGAGUCCUCUCAGCUGGGCGCUUGGUUCUGUUCUGGAUUAAAGGCGUGAAAGCGUUCAGAUGUGACUUGUUUUAGGAACAUGUGUGGCUAUCAGAAAGGAGUUUUAUUUUACUGUGCACACGAGCGACGUUUCGUUUGUGGGCUUAGCUUAUGAAGCCGUAUAGAGUCAUGGUGAAAACUAAACACACUCGCCGGUUUAGACGUCAGGAGAUGCUAUAAGUGAUCUGGUCUUUACCAAGUUCAAACGUGCUGUUUUCUCCUCAGACAUUGGGACAGGAAACCCCCC